CAGAAACACAGAAAACACACAAUCUGCGCCUUUUCUUCCGUUUUACGCGCAGCCGUUUGGUUUGGAGAGGUUUGGAGACCUGCCGGAGACCUGUGGCUCCUGUGGCUCCUCCGGCCCACAGUCACCCCAAAACCCGCCAGAGUCCAAACCAAACCCCAAUACAGCUCCACAAACGGGCAAAUCUGUCAGGGAAAAAAAACAGAAAAUGUUGGGAAAUCCACGAAGUUGUUGGGGAGGAAGCUCGCUCCGCCUCCGCUCCCCGCUGUAGAGUAGAGAGGGGGAGGAGAGGGGAGAGAGGAGGGGAGGAGGGAGGGAGAGGAACGACGAGCGCAGUCGUUUGGAUUCACUCCACUUUCUCAUCACACACGGUGCAGCCGCUCGACCUGCUCCGGACCGGACCGGGAGGCGGACAGAGUUUGUGGCGGCAGAGCAGCGGCCGCGCGUCGGGCUGGAACUAAGCGGAGGACCGCCGCCGGUGACUCCCGGAACCUACCGGACCUCGGUGCUUGUUUCUGGGGCGUUUUUUUCUCCUUUUCUCCGCCCGGUGCUCCGUCCACAUCCCGCUCCUCCACCCCACCUCCCAGCGCGCCGUCAGCGGAGGAUGCUACCAGCCUCCCGGUGGUAACGGAGUACCAGUGACCCCCACCCAGCUGCUCACCCGGCCGGACGGGUCCCCCCCACCCCCCACACACGCACCGGCUGGACUCCAGCCGCUCCUCCGGUGAGGAAGAAGCCGCGGCGGUGACGCGCAGCGCUGGUCACGACCGGAAAGUGGACAGAAAUUGUGAGAGAAUUUGGAGGAAUAAUUGUCCGCCUGGAUUGUGUGAUUUGUGUCCAGAUCUUUUUGUGGAUUCUUAAUUUAGGGUUUUUGUUUUGUUUUUUUUUUUUCCUGGAGCGGCUCCGUCUGGACGCCGAGGAGGAGCGGAGCCUGUAGCCGGGCUGGAGCGCUCAGAGCUGGGGAACCGCGCGGCUCUUUCCCGGUCCAGAGAGCUGUCUGGAGUCAUGGCGCUGCCCAGGUGGGGGGUUCUGCUGGUUCUGGCCGUCGUCCUGCUGGCCUCCUGCGGCGCCGCGCCCACCGACAUCCUCUACCGGGUUCCUGAGGAGCAGCCGCCCAACACGCUGAUCGGCAGCCUGGCGUCGGACCAGGGCCUGCCCGACACCGGACACCUCUACAAGCUGGAGGUGGGCUCGCCCUACCUGAGGGUGGACGGCAAGACGGGCGACAUCUACACCACCGAGAUCCCCAUCGACCGCGAGACUCUCAGGGACUGCCGCAACCUGUUUCCGGGCGACAAAUGCUUCCUGGAGUUCGAGGUGUCGAUCACCGACAUGGUGAAGGGCAUCGGCUCGGGGCCGCGGCUCAUCGAGGGCCGCAUCGAGAUCCUGGACAUCAACGACAACACGCCGCAGUUCUCCUCGCCCAUCCUCACGCUGUCCAUCCCCGAGAACACCCACAUCGGCGCCCUCUUCUCCAUCCCCGUCGCCACCGACAAGGACUCCGGCGACAACGGCAUCGCCGAGUACACGCUGACCGCCGGGCCGGACGCCGACCAGCUCUUCAGCAUGCAGGUGGUGGUGGACACGGACGAGAAGCUGCCGCAGCUCAUCGUCAUGGGCAACCUGGACCGCGAGAAGAAGGACUCGUACGACCUGAACAUCCGGGUGGUGGACGGCGGGAAGCCUCCCAGGGCCAGCAGCGCUCUGCUCAGGGUCACCGUCACCGACCAGAACGACAACGCCCCCAAGUUUGAGAGGAGUCAGUAUGAAGCCGAGCUGCCGGAGAACAGUCCGCUGGGACACUCGGUGCUGCAGGUUCGAGCCAACGAUGCCGACACUGGCAGCAAUGGAGAGAUCGACUACAGCCUCCAUCAGGCACCGGAGACGGUCCAGAGGCUUCUGCGCAUCGACCGCUCCUCAGGCGUCAUCUACGUCAAAGGCCUGGUGGACCGAGAAGAAGAAAACUUCCUCAAGUUCUUCGUGGUGGCCAGAGAUCGUGGGCCCACCUCCAAGAGCUCCAAAGUCCUGGUGACCAUUAACGUCAAGGACCGCAACGACAACCAACCUGCCAUCGAGAUCCGCGGCAUCGGCUUGGUAACACACCAGGACGGCGUGGCCAACAUCUCCGAGGACAUGCCCAUUGGCACGCCGGUGGCACUGGUGCAGGUGUCGGACCGUGACGAAGGGGAGAACGCGGUGGUGACGUGCGUGGUCGCCGGCGACGUUCCAUUUCAGCUCCGACCUGCGAGUGAGUCGGCCAACGAUCGGAAGAGGAAAUACUUCCUGCAGACGACGACCCUGCUGGAUUACGAGCGCGUUAAGGAUUACAGGAUUGAAAUCGUCGCUGUGGAUUCUGGGAACCCGGCACUGUCCAGCACCAACUCUCUCAAAGUCCAGGUCACAGACAUGAACGACAACACACCCACCUUUUCCCCCGUCAUGCUGGAGGUGGACUUUCCAGAAGGAAACCAGCCAGGUGACAAAGUUCUGGAUAUUGUGGCAACCGAUGCCGACAGCGGCACCAAUGCAGAGCUGGUCUACAGCAUCAUCGAGCUCUCGGCCACCAGCCUGUUUGAAAUCGAUGCUGUCACCGGGGAGGUUCGUGUGAAGAACCUGCUGGAUCGGGAAGAAAUGGAGCGCUACGAGUUCCGGGUGACGGCGGCCGAUAAGGGCGUUCCCAGUAAAACUGGCACCGCUACAGUAGUGAUAAAUGUCCUCGACCGCAACGACAAUGACCCCAAGUUUAUGCUGAACGGCUACAGCUUCUCCGUCAACGAGAACAUGCCUCCGCUCAACCCUGUUGGUGUAGUAACUGUCACUGAUGCUGAUAAGGGUGAGAAUUCCCAAGUGAGGCUGUUUGUGGAACCGGACAACGGCAAGUUUGUCGUCCAGAACGGGACAGGAACCAUCCUGUCCAGCAUCUCCUUUGACCGUGAGAAGGAGAGCACCUACACCUUCCGCCUGAAGGCUGUGGAUGCCGGUGAACCACCUCGAUCCUCCUACGUGGGCGUCACCAUCAAUGUCCUGGACGAGAACGACAAUGCCCCCUACGUCACCAAGCCGGCUAACUCCUCCUACAAAUACCUGACACCCGUCACCCCACUGGACACCAGUGUGGAGGUGGUGGAGGCUGAGGACAUUGACGCCGGGCCCAACGCUGAGCUGUACUACACCAUCACAGGCGGGAAUCCGUACGGACUGUUCGAGAUCUCACCCAGCAGCGGGGAGAUCACGCUGGCGCAGGAAUUCACUGGCAAGCACAACGGGCUCCACCGGCUGGUUGUGAAGGUCAGCGAUAAAGGCAAACCUCCUCGACACACCACCGCUCUGGUCCACGUUUAUGUCAACGACACCAAGUCCAACGUGUCCCUGAUUGAGGCGCUGGUUGGCCACAGCCUCUACACGCCUCUGGACACGGACAUCGCCGGAGAUCCCAACUACGCCAUCACUCAGCGCAGCAACAUCCUGUACGGCAGCCUGGCGGGAAUCGCUGGUGUGAUUCUGGUCAUCGUGGCCGUGGUGGUCAUCAGGCACCGGCUGCAGAAGGACACUAAGAGCGGCUACCAGGCCGGCAAGAAGGAGAGCAAAGACCUGUACGCUCCGAAACAAGGCCCUAAAAACGGCAAGGGGAAAAAGAGCAAGAAAGGAAAAGCGCCGAAACCAGCCAAGCCGCUGGAGGAGGACGAGGAGGCGAGCCUCCAGAAAGGCCUCAAGUUCAACCUGAUCAACGACAAUGUCAACGACAGUCCCAGAAUCCACCUGCCUCUCAACUACCCGCCUGGAAGCCCCGAUCUGGGCCGGCACUACCGCUCCAACUCCCCCCUGCCGUCCAUCCAGCUGCAGCCCCAGUCGCCCUCCGCCUCCAAGAAGCACCAGGCCGUUCAGGACCUCCCCGCCACCAACACCUUCGUGGGGACGGGCGACAACAACUCCACGGGCUCCGACCAAUAUUCGGAUUACAGCUACAAGGCCAACCCACCCAAAUACAGCAACAAACAGCUGCCCCACCGCCGAGUCACCUUCUCCACGGCCAAUCAGGCUCAGGAUCUGCAGGAUGCCUCCCAGCACAGCUACUACGACAGCGGCCUGGAGGAAUCGGAGACGCCCAGCUCCAAGUCGUCGUCGGGGCCCCGGAUCGGGCCCCUGGCUCUGCCUGAAGACCACUACGAGCGGACCACGCCCGACGGCAGCAUCGGCGAGAUGGAGCACCCGGAGAACGACCUCAGGCCUCUUCCCGACGUGGCGAUGACCGGUAAUUGCACCCACGAGUGCACCGAGUUCGGCCACUCCGACUCCUGCUGGAUGCCCGGCGAGCCUUCCCCCAACCGCAAGGUGUCCAAGAACGCCCCCAAGCUCUCCACCUUCGUGCCUUACCAGGAGAUGGACGGGCAGGAGCAGCUGAUGGCCAACGGCAGCCCCAAGCCCCUGACGGAGGAGCGCGGAUCGGGUGGCGGCGGCGGCGGCAGCUCCAAAGUCGCCAACAUGCGCUUCAUGACGCCCUACAGCAGUGCCUACCCGGGUGGCGGCGACCCGUCCGGUAAAGACUGUGGGCUGGAGGAGAUCCCGCUGAGCCAGGCGGUGGAGUACCACUCAGCCACCACCCCGACCGGCCAGACCUCCAAGAGGGAGAUCUACCUGUGAGGGCGACGCUCUCCACCUUAAACCCCCACCGCCAUCCGUCCACCUCCGCCCGUCGCUGCUCGCCACCACCCGCCCCGCCUCACCCCUCACGGCCGCCCCUGUGCCUAUAACCCAGCGCCGACUUCCCCUUCCUCCCUUUUUAUAACUGCAUCCAAGGCUUUAGACCCCGCCCACCUUCCACCCUCCACCUUCCACCCCUCUAGAAACCAAUCAAAUGUAAAAUAGAAGUAAUCAGUGGAAGAAAACAGGAAUGUAAACUACACCACAUCGUUGUGAUAAUUUAAUGGGAACCUAUUCAGCUACUCACGUAUUUGAGUUGGAUUUGUGUGCGUCGCUUUAGGCUAUGUUGCUGUGUUGGAACAGAAAAAGAAAAAACACCUUCAGGGGUAGAAGGGAAAGAACUCCUUGUAAAUCCUACUUAAGUAUACUGUGUAAUGCUAUCUAUCCUCAACUUUUUGGAUCUGUUUGAUUUGUUCUUUUUUUUUUUUUUCGUUUUUCGACCGAAGACACAUUUUGAGCCAAAUGGACGUGGCUCGUUUCUACCAGGAGCAGCUCAUCGUUAAGACGUUUGCGGCUGUUUCCCGACCUCCGGAGGCUCUCAGUUCUGCUCGUUUCUUUUUGCCGUGAAGAGGUCUUUUUUCACUGUACAGAGCUGUAAAUACUAGAACAGUGACGACGGAGGGACUGCUGUGGCUCUGAGCGGAUCCGGCUGUUCUGUCUGCACACCUCCAUCGGACCGCUGGACUGAAAACCUUCUGGUGUACGGAGAGCCGACACCACGGCGUUCACCGUCGCUCUGCAGGAACCUGGACUCUUGAGCAUCACCGACGGUGCCGAGUUUCAAGACUUUUUAUUGUUUUUUUUCCUCUCUCUCCUCUGCAACUUUACAGCGCGGUUGGGUUUGAGUUCUCGAGGGGGAGAAAACACUCGACGCUGAUUUAAUCUGAACCGAAAGAAAGCUGAGUUCUAAGUGCUUCAUUCAGUCGAUCUAAGAACCGAUGAUAUUAUCCAUGCUGCUGUCCGUAGUAUCCCGUAAUACGACCAACGUAAAUGUGUUUAGAAGGUAAAUUCAUUCACACAGAAAACCCAAAAAACUAGACGAAAAACAAUGACAUAUUCCUUUUCCAACACUGAAAUAUCUUCCACCUUGUUACAUGUGGCGCCGCUGUGGAGCAGUUUUUAAGUUUGGCAAUCGAUUAAAUCCGUAAAACGAAGCAAAACCCAUCAAACUAUUUCCGGUUUCAGCUUCUCCGCUGCUUCUUUCUGUUGGUAUUGUUCUAAAGUUAAACCUUCGCUAGAUAAAGGACAUUUUCUUUGAGGCUUUAGAUGCAAAAUUAGACGUUUGACAUUGGAGGAAAGGUUGGGAGGUGAUUAAUAUCUGGACGGUUCGUCCUCUGGGGAGCAGGAAUCGCUAAAUGUCAUCUGUUGCUUCAUUUUUGACAUUUAUUGGCUUGAAGCGAAGGUAAACAAAUUUGUAUGACAAGAGCCUGAAAUCCAAAAAACUCGACGAAAACAAAGACAUUUUCCUUCUCCAACGCUGAAAUAUCUUCAGUCUCGUUCCAUGUGACGCCGCUGUGGAGCAGUUUUUAAGUCUGGCAAUCGAUUAAUGCGUUAAAGGAAACAAAAACCAUCAAACUUUCCAGUUUCAGCUUCUCCACUGCUUCUUUCUAUUCGUAUCAUUCUGAACUUAAAACUUCUCUGAUCAAUUUCAACGAAUCAACAAAUAAAGAACUUUUUUUUAGGCUUCAGAUGCAAAGUUAGUCGUUUGACAUUAAAGGAAAGGUUGGCAGGUGAUUAAUAUCUGGACGGUUCGUCCUCCGGGGAGCAGGAAUCCCUGAAUGUCAUCUGUUGCUUCACUUCUGACAUUUAUUGGCUUGAAGCGAAGGUAAACAAAUUUGCAUGACAGCAGCGCUGAAAGGAGGCAGGUCACCAUCUAGUUUAGCCUCGACCCCACAGAGAACAUGAAUAUUCAGGGAUGUUUGUCUGAAUUUGUCUUGCUGGAGGUGCAAAGAUCUCCAUGAAAAUGCAGAUUAAGGUUUAGGUUUCAUUUAUUUUAUCACAUUUACCAACACCUAGUCCCAAUUUGAUGCCGUUUUCCGAGAUAAGACGCACUUCAAACUCAAACCUGUUUUCUCUCCAUGAUGUCAGUCAAUGUGGAUCAGCUGCAGUUCCUGAUUGUUCCACCAGGAGGAGCCUCUUCCUGUUUAAUCCUGUAGAGACCAGAGGAGGCGUCACUCAGACUACAGGUCAUGUUAAAGCAGAGAGCAUUGUGGGAGUUUAGCAGCAACGGACACCAUGCCAAAGACAUGAGUGAAGGUUAAUGACCUCCUCAUGUGGUUAAAACAAACUGGGCUCAACUAGGACAGAAUUCUUCUGUAUCAGUGGUUUAAAAACAUAAAUCAAGCCAUACAUCUGUUGACUAAGAACUACAAGAACAGAACAGAUUACAUGCCCACUGAGCUCGAUUUUUCGAACAAGAAAAACAUGACACAAAAUGACAAAAAUGACAAAAAUUCGACACAAAAUGACAAAAACAGCACACAGACUUGACAAUAAUUAGACACAAAAAAGCGAAAACUUAGAUAAAAAUUGACAAAAAUUCGACACAAAAUGACAAAUAUGAGACAAAAUGACAAAAACAAUAAAACAAAGCGACAAGAACAAGACAAGAAACAAGAACAGACCACAAAAACGAGACACAACAUGACAAAAACGAAGCACAAGACGACAAAAAUGAGACACAAAACGACAAAAACGAGAAAUAAAUGACAAAAAUGUGAAACGUCAAAAACGAGACAGAAAACAACAAAAAUUAAAACAAAUUGAUAAAAAUUUGAUUAAAAAAAUUGACAGAAAAUAGACACAAAAUGGCAAAAACAAGACACAAAAUGACCAGUGUUUACAGAUUCCGCUGUGGUUUCAGAGCCAGCAGCUGUUUGUCUCCACCUCCUUCCAUUCCAGUUGUUUGUCUCCACCUCCAUCCAUUCCAGCUGUUUGCUUCCACCUCCUUCCAUUCCAGCUGUUUGCUUCCACCUCCUUCCAUUCCAGCUGUUUUUCUCCACCUCCAUCCAUUCCAGCUGUUUGCUUCCACCUCCAUCCAUUCCAGCUGUUUGUUUCCACCUCCAUCCAUUCCAGCUGUUUGCUUCCACCUCCUUCCAUUCCAGCUGUUUGCUUCCACCUCCUUCCAUUCCAGCUGUUUGUUUCCACCUCCUUCCAUUCCAGCUGUUUGUUUCCACCUCCUUCCAUUCCAGCUGUUUGUUUCCACCUCCAUCCAUUCCAGCUGUUUGUUUCCACCUCCUUCCAUUCCAGCUGUUUGUUUCCACCUCCAUCCAUUCCAGCUGUUUGUUUCCACCUCCUUCCAUUCCAGCUGUUUGUUUCCACCUCCUUCCAUUCCAGCUGUUUGCUUCCACCUCCUUCCAUUCCAGCUGUUUGCUUCCACCUCCUUCCAUUCCAGCUGUUUGCUUCCACCUCCUUCCAUUCCAGCUGUUUGCUUCCACCUCCUUCCAUUCCAGCUGUUUGCUUCCACCUCCAUCCAUUCCAGCUGUGGAGGCGUCGGUGGCCUCUGAGUGUUUCCUGCUGAGUUGUGGAGCUUGAAGAAGUGGCUUUUCGGUCAGCUCGUUAGUUCCCACCUCUUUACCUCCUCAGCGUGAGGCCGGAGCCGCUCGGCGUUUAGCGCUGGUAUUUAUUAAACCUGUUAGCGGCGUGCAGCGGGGGAGGCGGCCGCCAUUUCCCGCGGCGCUGCGGCGGCACAGCAGCGCAGGAUUAAUGGCACCUGUUCGGGCUGCGGUCCACUAACACCCCCUCAGCUCGGCAGCGCACACACUCUAAUUACAACCCGAGGCUCUGCACAUUACCGGCAAUAAUUUGCGGCAGUAAAAGCGAGCCGGCUUGGAAGUUCAUUCGCUGCGAGUUUGGUGUUAAUGGCUGCCGAGGAUAAUGUGAGGCUCCACCUGUGGAGAUGCUCGUCGGCUGAGAGCGGAUGGAUGAAAGCGACGGCACAGUGAGAGCUGUGAAAACAUCCUCUGAACAAGUCGUUUAGCCUCACACUGAGCCGCUAACACUUAAAACAAAGCAAGAAAUCAGCCGCCGUGCCGAGAUCGUCUCACAAAUCAGCCUCUUCCUCAACAUCUCGGGGAUCCAGAGGCAGUUUCUGAGCCAAAGAUUCACUUUUUUCACAUUUUAUGACCCAAACUGCAGCCUGAGAUGGCAGGAAAAUGAUAUUAUAAAAGUUAAACCUGCAGCAGAAGAGCCUGGAAAAGAGGCACUAAUGCGCACGAGCAGAGAGGAAAACAGAGAAAUGCACAAAAAUGAGACACAAAACGACAAAAAUGAUGCAUAAAAUGGCAAAAAUGAGACACAAAAUGACAAAAACGAGAAACAAAAUGACAAAAAUGAGAUGCAGAAUGACAAAUGAUAAACAAUGACAAAAACAAGACACAAAACGACAAAAUGAGACACAAAAUGGCAAAAAUGAGAAACAAAACGACAAAAACAAGACACAAAACGACAAAAUGAGACAAAAUGGCAAAAAUGAGACAAAAUGACAAAAACGUGAAACAAAAUGACAAAAAUGAGACACAAAAUGACAAAAAUGAGAAACAAAACGACAAAAACAAGACACAAAACGACAAAAUGAGACAAAAUGGCAAAAAUGAGACAAAAUGACAAAAACGUGAAACAAAAUGACAAAAAUGAGACACAAAAUGACAAAAACGUGAAACAAAAUGACAAAAAUGAGAAACAAAACGACAAAAAUGAGAAACAAAACGACAAAAACAAGACACAAAACGACAAAAUGAGACAAAAUGGCAAAAAUGAGACAAAAUGACAAAAACGUGAAACAAAAUGACAAAAAUGAGAAACAAAAUGACAAAAAUGAGAAACAAAACGACAAAAACAAGACAGCUUCUUACCGUCCGUCUGUUUGCUUGGAAAAACGUGGAAAAAGUACGCACCUGGUUGACUUUUAUGUUUGAGUUAAAUUCGUGGAAAGUUGCUACAAUAACAGCGGAGAAAGUCAAACCUUUUGACUCUUAAAUACAACAAAAACUCCAUGUUAAGUUUCCUGACUUUUACUGACUAGAUCCUACAUUUCCCAGAAUGCACCUGGUCAGACUUCUAUUUCUGACUUAAAUUCCUGGAAAAGUGGUUAAAAGAAGUGGAUAAAGUUGAACAUUUUGGCUCUCAAAUACAAAAAUGCAGCUAAAAAUCCACUACUUUUAGCUAGUGAUCUGCAUCCUACAUUUCCCAUAGUGCACCUGGUCAGACUUGUAUUUUUUAGUUUCAUUUAUUGAACUGCUUCCGUCCGUUUGGCUGUGAGGAUCUCUGGUCUCCUCUGAUUUAUAGUGGUCGUACCUUCCUGUCCGUUCCCCUCCACAUAAAUCAGCCGUCAUUCCUCCAACAUUCAGGCGCUGACAGAGAUUUAGAGUUGACGGGCGCCGCCGCCGUCCCCAGCGUUCGGUGAUUUAACGCCGCCGCUCAGCGCUCUGAUUGAUUAUUUACGGGCCGACAUGGAGGUCCUCCUUCCUCCUCCCUGAGCCGCUGCUUUCACUCCUCUGAGGAUCAGCUGAGCGGCCGUAGCGCUGCGUCAGGUAAAGAUGGAGGAGAGGUGGAGGUUUGACCGCAACGCUUUGGCACCAAUUAACCCCAGCAGAGGAAAAACAACCUCUGGUGACCCUCGGCGACCUCCGAUGAGCCGCUGUUGGCUUCAGCUGGCAGGAAAACCACCAGGAACACAGCCGUUUCAGCGUUAUUCUGCUUAUUACAGGCUAAAAACACACACUGACGCUCGUUUCUGUGGCUUUUACAGACUUUAAGGAGCCUGUAGAGCCAGAAGUAUGUAUAAAUGUAAAAUACUACACAACAAACACAGUUUAACAUCUUCAAAGUAACAGUUUGGUGAAAAAUACCUGAAGUCAAAGUAAUCAGAUUACCUUAAAUCAAAGAAAAGGUUCAUUUUUUCCUGUGUCUGACUGGAAAUUUGAAAGAAAUGAUGAUUUUAUUUCUUUAAAUCUGGAAUAAACACGUUUAUUCCUGCAUACACCCCCUGUCAAAAGUUUUGAGACGAGUUCUAAUUUAUUUGAAUGAGAAAGUGUCUCAAAACUUUUGACAGGGCGUGUAUUUAUGCUUAAAUAAUGCAGCAUUUCCAACCAAUCCUUGGAUACAGUAACAAAAUUAUCUUAGAGAUAAAACACUACACAGUAAACAGUUUAACAGCCUCAAAGCAGCGUCUUGAAGAAGAACACCUUUCCUAAAAGUAAUCAGAUUACCUUAAAUCAAAGUAAAAUUCCAGUUUGACAUUUUUAUGACUGAAAAUUUGAAAGAAAUGUUUAUUUUUUUUCUUUAACUCUGGAAUAAAUCCACAUAUAUUUGCACAUAUUUAUGCUUCUAAAGCAGCGUUUCCAACCAAACCUUUCAUUUAGCAACAGAAAACCUUUCCUCAGAGUAAUCAGAUUACCUUAAAGCAAGGUAAAGUUCCGGUUUUGACUCACCGUUACUAAACAUGUUGACAUUUUAUUUAAGCUUAGAGUAAAUCCACAUUUAUUGACAGGCGUUUACAGAUCAGUAAUGCAGCGUUUCCACCCAGACCAGACUGUUUCUGUUCCACAUCAGUGUAUUAGGGCUGUGUGUCUUUGAGAAUCCCAACACUUCCUGCUCCCCGGCGGUGAAAUCCUCCUUCCCAUCAGCCCCCAGGAGAUCAGCUGUCACACGUCUGACAGCUUCGGAGCGUUCAGCAGGCGUCUGCAUGCAGAGAGUCUGCAGCAGCGGCGACAGAAGUAUAGAAAUAUGACAGGAAUAUGAAUGAAAACGCUCGGCGGGACGGGUUUCUGAAGCCGGUUCUGAAGGUUAUCGUUGGGAUCCAGAGCAGCUUCACACUUCUGCAGGUUUACUUUGAAUCAGGGAUUAAUUCGGAAUAAUGACAAAAACGAGACACAAAACAGAGAAUAAAGUGAAACAAAAGAUGAAAAAAUAAAACAAAAAGCAGAAGCGAGGCAAAAGGAAACACAAAACCACAAAAAUGCGAGAAACGACAGAACGAAACAAAACAGACAAAAAUUUAGACGUCAAAGUUUCAAAGUGAUUCAAAAAAUGGACAAACAACAAAAACAAGACAAAAAAUUAAAGUUACAAAGUGAUAAAAAAAAUGGACAAACAACAAAAAGAAGACAAAAAAUUAAAACAGGACAAAAUAUUACAGAAAUGAGAAACAAAAUUACAAAAAUAGGACAUAAAAUGAGACGAAACGACAAAGUAUAAGACAAAACAAAACAAAACAGACAAGAAAUUUAGACGUAAAAGUUACAAAGUGAUACAAAAAAUGGACAAACAACAAAAACAAGACAAAAAAUUAAAACAGGACAAAAUGAAAUGAGAAAAAAUUACAAAAAUAGGACAUAAAAUGGCAAAAAAUGAGACAAAAUGACAAAAAUGAGACAAAACGACAAAAUAUGAGACAAAACAAAACAGAGACAAAAAAUUAGACAUAAAAGUUACAAAGUGAUAAAAAAAUGUACAAACGACACAAGCGAGAUGAUAAAAGACACAAAGCAACAAGAAACAGACUAAAUGUGACAAAAACGAGACACAAAACAAAGAAAGUGAAACAAAAGAUGAAAAAACAAAACAAAAAACAUAAGCGAGGCUAAAAGGAAACACAAAACGACAAAAAUACGAGACAAACGACAGAACGAAACAAAACAGACAAAAAAUUUAGACGUAAAAGUUACAAAGUGAUAAAAAAAAUGAACAAACAACAAAAAGAAGACAAAAAUUUUGAAACAGGGCAGAAUGAAAUGAGAAACAAAAUUACAAGAAUAGGACAUAAAAUGAGACGAAACGACAAAAUAUAAGACAAAACAAAACAGACAAGAAAUUUAGACGUAAAAGUUACAAAGUGAUACAAAAAAUGGACAAACAACAAAAACGACAAAAAAUUAAAACAGGACAAAAUGAAAUGAGAAACAAAAUUACAAGAAUAGGACAUAAAAUGGCAAAAAAUGAGACAAAACGACAAAAGUGAGAACGAAACGACAAAAUAUGAGAAAAACACAAAAACAGACAAAAAAUUAGACAUAAAAGUUACAAAGCAUCAAAAAAAUCUACAAGCGAGACGAUAAAAGACACAAAACAAGAAACAGACUAAAUAUUACACAAAUCGGACACAAAAAGACAAAAGAACAGUGAAAAUAUUGGACUCCCUGGAGGACCGGUUCUGGCCUGCGGGCCACAUGUUGGACACCCUGGUUUUAAAUUAAUCCUCCCUGAACCGUUCCAUGAUUAAGCCGCCGUCAUCGGCCUAAAACGUGCUUCUGAUGGAUUAAAAAUCUCCACUUUUUGCAGUAAAACACAUUCAGCCUUGAUUUAUUAUGAACUUCUAAAGUGCAGCGCUGCUGGAACACUUCAUAGAGCCGCUGAUUUAUCACUUACAGGCGUAAAUAUCUCCCAGAAACACUGGGGGUUAUUUUUAAAAACGCCUUGGUUUACUACCGACGGUUAUUAUUUAUGGAUGAAACCCGCUGCUGGACCUGAGCUCUAAAGUUCUGCAGAUCUUUCAGCAGAAACGUUCCUUUAAAUUGUCGUUUCUCCUCCUCAGUGUCUGUCGGUAACGUUACGACUCACUGCAUUCAUCUUUUCUCUCCUUCUUCCUUCCAUCCGCUAAUAUUUAGUCUGGAACCGGUUCCUGCUUCUCGUGCAGUCGCAGUUUUGGGGUUUUUUUUUAAGAGCUGUUAGUAUCUGCAAGAAGAAAAAGGAGAAAUAAAACGCAGAUUUCAUUAACAUGACUUGGAGGGACUAAUUCCUGGAAAGUUGCUGCAAGAAAAUGUUGAAAAAGUCGAAUAUUUUGGCUCUUAAAUACAAAGAAAGCUAAAAUCUCCAAGCUAGUAGAUCUGCAUCCUACAUUUCCCAUAAUGCACCUGGUCAGACUUCCGUUUUAGAGGUAAAUACCUAGAAAAUUGCUGUUCAAAAAGAGUAAAAAGUUCAACAUUUUGGCUCUUAAAACCAAAAAUAACUCCACAUUAAGAACCCUGAGUUUCAGCGCGUAAACCUGCCUCCUACAUUUCCCAUGAUGCACCUGUCCAGCCUUUCCAAAGCGCCUCUGCAGCCUGAGGAGUCGUUCUCCAGCUGCUCCACGGCCGCCUUCCUCCCGUGUGUUUGAUGGACUUCAGUGGAAGCGUCUUUAAUAAAACACGAAGCUGCUCUGAUGACGGAGCGUCGCUCGUUUAGGGAACAUUUCUCACAUUUCCAGGUUUUAAAAGUCGAGCGUUUUGCACGAGAACGUCCGGUUCCGCAGGUCAGCGGAGGGGUUUUGCUGUUUUUUUUGGUUGUGUAUUAUACCGAGGCCGGAGCAUGAAACAACUUUAUAAAUAUUCUACAUUUUGGUUGUCGUUGUUUUUGAUCAAUGUUAUGGAAUCAACACUGCUGUAGACAUACUGUAUGAAUAUUAAUGGUCGUUGCUGUUUUUUACCGGGCGGUGCUGGUGCUGGUGGUGGUGGUGGUGGUGGGGUUUUCUGUUUCUUUACUCCAUCAGAACUGAAAAAUCCGACACGACUGGAGUUCAUUUAGCCUCAAAGUAACACGAUAAACUAAAAUCUCAGAGCCGAUGGUUGAAUUUGAAUCAGAAAUCGCGAUAAAAUGGUGAAAAUACGAACAAAAACUUGAUUUUUUUCGAAGUUCAUUUAGCGAAAGUCUGCGAGCUAACGGCUAAAAAUCUUCAGAUGUUUAUCGUUUGUUCGAUUAAAGUUGAUUUUCUGAAGCUCCUGAAGUGCUGCUCUUUGUGUUUUUAUGCUGUGAGAUGAAGUCAGACCGACUUUAAGAGCUUCAUAAAGUUUAGAAUCGAUUUAAAAUAUCAGAAUAUAUAAAGAAAUCUGGAAAAUGUGGCAAAAUAAAUGAAUUUAUUUGCACAUUUUCUCCUUCUUCAUCUCCUUCUUCAUAUUGUUCAUCUUCUUCUUCUCCUUCUCUUUCAUCUCCUUCUUCUUUGGUGUACAAACACACUCAUCUUUCUUCUCUAAUUGGCAUGUGGUUUAAUAAAUCUACUUUUCUGUGAUCUUGAAGGAAAUAUAAAUGUAUAUUUUUUGAGUUUCUGUACAUUUGAAGAUGGAGUUCAGGUUGUUUUUCUUUCCUGCUUUUUGUUUUGAACUCAGAAGGAGAAAAGGUCCGAGCCGCCGAGUCACUUUUGUCUUUACAGGAAGUUCCACGUUCGUAGCCUAAUUGUUGGUCGGUUAUAUUUAUAUAGGAAACUGCUAGUGAUGCCUUGUUUUUUGUACAGUUUUAUGUACAUGCAAGUGUAGGUUUUUAAAAUACAAAAAAAAUAAAAAGAAGAUGAAAAACUCUAUAUAUUCAAGCACCGUGAAGGAAGUCUGACCCUGAACCUACCAGUAGGAGUGUCUAGUUGAAGUUUCCGUAGGAGUGAAGAGUCAGAACCGUGGCUUUACGUUCUCAUCCCGUCUCUGGACAAACUGUACAUUUAUUCCUCCUUCUGUUGCUCUUCUUUGGCUUUUCUUUUCUUUCUGGGUGUUUGUUUGAGCCUCAUCUGUUCUCCUUUGAUCAGCAUUCGCAUGUUUGAAUUUGAAAAAAAAUGUGGUCUUUUAUUUUUGCUGAGCAAAUCAAAGAAACGAUAUCUUGUAAUUACUCCUUCCUUAUAGCUUUACAAUAAAAUACAUUCAGUCAAAGAAA